ACUCCUCAUUUGAGUCUAGGGACCCUUGUGAAACUAAUCCAAGAGGAAAUUUCAUCCAUUUCCUUCAAGCUGGAGGCCUUGGUCCCUGCCCAGCCUGACAGGUUUGAAAGAGGAGAAAAUCCUCAGCCUCUCUUGACUUAUGCUGCCUUCUCCCCAUCUCCAGGUCUAUUCAUGUUCUGUCUCUCUACUAACCUCAGGAACAAGUGGUUAUUAACUAUGAAGCAGGAGUAAACACAGGAUGCCAAACAGGGCAAACGAGAGACAGAGAUCAAAGGGAGGAAUGUGAAGCACUAUCUGUCUAUGUUGGGGGAGAGGGAAUGUAUUUUCAGGGGCAGGGAAUGCUACUGACAGGUUUCUGUGCUCCAGUACCUAAGACUAGGAGUUAGUGAGAAUUGACUACUGUGUGUCCAGCACUGCAUAACAGGAAGUGUUUUUCUUUGGUAAUUGGGAAAGAUUGGGAGUAAGCUGUGCUUUCUGAGGGCCGGGAGCCCUCUUCCAUCCCUCCACCGUCCUCAUGUCCUUUCCAGUUUCGCUCCCACUGGCACUAGUGCAUUUUUUGGAAUAUAUAACCUGUUUCUUCAGUCUGUAGGUCUUCCAGACAUCUGCUUUUGGCUUCAGGAGCUUAUGGCAGAAAGUCUUGCUGGGAAUAAAUUGCACAUAACCGUCUCCCCAGUCUAUCUGCAUAAAGAAUGUUCUGUCCUGAAAAAUGUUAGUAGUUUAAGAUGCUCUCCUGUUCCACGAGCCUCUCCAGCCUCUACCUAAUAUGAUGAUCAUAGUCUUGAGGAAGACUAGAGGGAAUCCAAAACUCAUAAAGGGACCCCCGGCUUGGAUUGCGGGAGCGCGGGGUGGGUUUGCAAACACGUAUCUUUGAGACCGCGGGGUGGCGCCAGAGCGAGGAGUGUCCGCGGCCCCAGGAACUACACUUCCCAGAAGGCCUUGCGCGGACGUCCGCAGGAGGGGCCACCCUGGGAUAAAGCCUGUGGACUGUCGUGUGUUGGGCUCUCGCGGCGCGGCCUGGCCCGGAUGGCGGGACCGGUGAAGGACCGCGAGGCCUUCCAGAGGCUCAGCUUCCUGUACCAGGCCGCCCACUGCGUCCUCGCGCAAGAGCCCGAGAACCAGGCGCUGGCGAGGUUUUACUGCCACACGGAGAGGACCAUCGCGAAGCGGCUCGUCUUGCGGAGGGACCCCUCAGUGAAGAGGACCCUCUGUCGUGGCUGCUCUUCCCUCCUCAUCCCGGGCCUGACCUGCACCCAGCGCCAGAGACGCUGCAAGGGUCAGCGCUGGACUGUACAGACCUGCCUAACAUGCCAGCGCAGUCAGCGGUUCCUCAACGAUCCUAGGCAUCUGCUCUGGGGAGACCGGCCUGAGGCUCAGCUGGGGAGCCAGGCAGGGCAGUCUCCACAACAAAGUAUCAUCGGGCCCAGAAUAUCUGCCAUGCUGAGAUCAAGAACCCCUAUCUGCACAGAUCCUUCCUCAGAGCCUGACGCUCCAGGCAGUCUUCCUCCGGAACACCUACAACACCCACACACAUCUGUGUGAUCACCCUCCGCACACUACAAGGAGCUUUGACCGCGCAUAUCCCUCCAACCCGAGACCCUACACUCUACCCGAGCGGCAAUCGGAAUCCGACGCGCCCUUCCGCACCACCGCACCUCCGCACUUUUCCGUCUACCCGCCUCCGACGUCUGGCCGCUCUUCCGUGGUUGCCGCGGUCCUCAGCAAUUGUGCUGGGACCCUCAAAGUUGACCAUCCCCAACAGGAGGUGCCCAGGCUUGUCUGGCUUCAUUCCAGUCCCAGUGUUUGUUUUUCCCAAUUAAAAAAAAAAUUUUUUUUCAGAAUUCCAAAAAGCAAAUCUUGAAUUUGCUGCCCACUGGCAAUUAUUUCCGUAACACUUACACUGUAUUUACAGCUAUUUACAUAGCAUUUACACAUUGUAUUAGCUGCUAUAAGUAACCUACAGAUGAUUUAAAGUAUAUGGAAGGUUGUACAAAAGUUGUAUGCAAAUACUAUGCCAUUUAUAUAAGGCAUCUGAGCAUCCACGGAUUUAGGUAUGCAGGGGUGCCCUGGAUCCAGUCCUCCGCGGAUACCCAGGAAGGAGUCUAUAUGCUGCUCAUAAAUGAAACUGUUCUGAGCGUGUCGUUUUCCAUACAUGGAUAAUAAAUGAAUUUUAAAU